AUUUAAUUUCCCCCACACACAUUUCUGUUCAGCUUUCUCUGGUUUCGCUCUCACUGCUCUUCCACCGCUCAAUCAUCGAUCUCCAUUUUCGUUGGAGACAAGAUGGGAAAGGGUCCAGGACUUUACACUGAUAUUGGCAAGAAGACCAGAGAUCUUCUCUACAAAGAUUACCAGAGCGACCACAAGUUCACCAUUACAACGUACACAUCGAAUGGCGUCGCUCUUACUUCAACAGGAGUCAAGAAGGGCGACCGGUUUUUGGCUGAUAUCACUACACAGCUUAAGAACAAGAACGUCACAACUGACAUCAAAGUGGACACAAACUCUAAUCUCGUAACAACUAUUACUGUGGAUGAACCUGCACCUGGGCUGAAGACAAUCUUUAGCUUCAUUGUUCCCGAUCAGAGGUCUGGGAAGGUGGAACUCCAGUAUUUGCAUGACUAUACAGGGAUCAGCACAAGCAUUGGGUUGACUGCAAACCCCAUUGUUAACUUUUCGGGUGUAGUUGGAAGCAAUACUGUUGCCCUCGGAACUGAUGUUGCUUUUGACACUGCUUCUGGAAACUUCAUCAAAUACAAUGUUGGCUUGAAUUUCACUAAUGAUGAUCUCAUUGCUUCCUUGUCCUUGAAUGAUAAAGGUGACUCCUUGACUGGUUCAUACUACCACUUGGUGAGCCCCUUAACCAACACGGCUGUUGGUGCUGAGCUGACUCAUAGCUUCUCAACAAAUGAAAACACCUUGACAAUUGGAACCCAGAAGGCAUUGGAUCCAUUGACUACGUUGAAGGCUCGGGUCAAUAACUAUGGAAAGGCUAGUGCUCUUAUCCAGCACGAGUGGCGCCCCAAGUCUCUCUUUACCAUUUCAGGAGAAGUGGACACCAGGGCCAUUGAGAAGAGUGCUAAGGUUGGGCUGGCUUUGGCUCUUAAACCCUAAAUGAGGGGUGGACAUUUGUUCUUAAGGGUGGGGAAGUAGAGAUGAGGGUGUAGGGGUGGGAAAGAAAUGCUUUCAUUCUGGUGUGUGAAAGCAAUUACUGAUGUU